UUCAGCUUCGUUGUCUGGCGGUGAACUCUCACCCCAGCUGCUUGGGAAAUGUCAUACAGGCACAGGCCCGUGCUGCAGUAGGGGGGCGUAAUAGGAGGAAAAAAUAACAACAUUUUCAGUGCUCUCACUGCAUCUUUUACUCGCCUCUCUGCCGUGCAAGUGCCACAUCCCGCUACAACCAGCAGCAGCAGCGGCCGCCACCGAUAACCACUCGCAGCCUCAAUGCUUAUUUCGCAUUACAGCUAAUAUAAAAAAAAAUCCGUGCCAGACAUGGGGAAGAACAUCAUGCAUCUCUUGAAGAUGUCAGUCCAGCAAACUAACUGGCUUGUGACAACGAUGCCCAGUCGAAGAUCCUGGGAUUGAGUUGAAAAUCCCCUCACACUGAUGGCCUGGACUGAGUUUCAGCUGGCCUGCUGAAGCUAUGGGGAGCUGUUGGAGCUGUCUGUACAGAGACCCCAUCAGAGACAACCAUCUCACCAAAUUUAAGGUCACUAAUGUGGACGAUGAGGGCAACGAGCUCGGCUCUGGGAUCAUGGAGCUCACCCAGACUGAGCUCAUACUUCACACACGUAAAAGGGACGCAAUUCGGUGGCCGUAUCUUUGCUUGCGUCGCUAUGGCUACGACUCCAACCUGUUUUCUUUUGAGAGCGGCCGACGUUGUCAGACUGGACAGGGAAUCUUUGCAUUCAAGUGUUCCCGGGCAGAGGAGAUUUUCAAUCUGCUCCAGGAGCUGAUGCAAUGUAACAGCAUCAACGUGGUGGAGGAGUCAAUGAUGAUGAGUCGCAGUGGUCACACACCAGAGAUGGAGAUGUCUCGCACGCCACAGACUCCCAACACUCCGGGGUUCCCUGUUCAGGCUUUUCCCAAUGGAUACCCUGGUUAUCCAAUCAGAGGUGAUUCCUCCCAGCCCUCUCUUGCUGAUGAUCAUGGCCAUAGCCUCAUGGGUUUGGAAGACCAGACCCACACCUAUGUAAACACUGUUAGUAUGGAGGGGGAUCUCUCUAUGCGUCACUGUGUGCACUCCCUGCCUGAGGUGCGGCCCACCACCUUCCCAGAGACCACACGAGGAUCCAUGCCUGUAGGGGGCCAAGGAAACCUGCAAUCCAACAUGCGGCGUUGUCCCCUGGAGGAGCACAAUGAGUCCUCAGGUGUUCUUACGCCCUCCUCCCAGGAGGUCAAAUUCAUGCUGGGCCCCACACCAGCACAGCGCCAUCUGCUGGAGAGAGAGAGGGAGAGACAUGGGCACAAUCCUCACAACCUUCAACCAGUAGAGGGUGCAACAGGCUCAGAGACGGAGGGGGAUGAGCCCUCUAUGCUGUGCAACUCUCACUCCUAUCAUCAUUUCCAUCACCACGCGCACCGGCACCCAGGCCUUGAGCAUCCGAACAGCUGCCAGGGCGGAGAGCUCACCUACGAGAACAUCAAUGGGCUGAGGAGCGUCAGGAAGCUAAGUCCGAGCAGCGUGUCCCAGUCGGUUGGUUCCAGCAGCAGCAGCAGUACAGGAGACAGUCACUCCCACUCCCUGCUGCACCAGCACCUGCACGGCCCCUCAUCUCUGCCCCCUCAAGGCUACCCCUGUGAGAGGGUCAUGAGCGGAGGUCACCGUCGGACAGCUCUUGCUCACUACGAGAACCUGCCCUCUCUGCCGCCAGUAUGGGAGUAGCGCCUGCAGCGGGAUGAGGAUCAGGAGGAGGAUGAUGAUGAGCAGGAUGAGGAUGAGUAUGAGGAAGAGGAAGAAGACUUUGAUGAGUACGAGUUCUCAGAAGGUCCUGGGACACCAAACGGUUACCAUCAGGAUGGACGGGGCAUCCAUAGGGACGCCCUUCAGAACUAUGUCAACACAGAGCAGGUGCAGCCACCCCGGCUCCGGCACGCCUGUCCCCCACAUCCUCGGCCGUGUCAGCCCGACCGAGGGGGGCGAAUAUUUAGCUUUGAUUUCCGCAGACGAUCGAGGUCAGGGGUCGGAGGCUGUGAGCACAGCCAGCCUCCGUCACGGCAGCUGAACUACAUCCAGGUGGACCUGGAUGGAGAGCCUCCCUGCCAAGCCCUCAGCAGUGGGGGUGCCCAGAACCAGCCACAGCACCAGCGCCUACCCCCCCAAAAAUGUGGCCCACAGGCACCCCGGCGCAGUGAAUGCUACGCCGUCAUUGACCUAAAGAAGACCGCUGCCAUGUCCAACCUGCAGAAAGCUCUGCCCAGGGAUGAUGGGACUUCCAGAAAGACUCGCCACAACAGCACAGACCUGCCUCUGUAGACGGUGUUCAGACUGAAGAGGAGCGAUGAAGACAGAUGAGGCUUAUUCUCAUCUUAGCACACUGGACCCUUCACUGUCAUCCAUCUAUUCAACUGUUGGGCUGACUGAUACAGUACAGGUACCUAAUUAGAAACUUACUGGAGUCUAUCUGUGCAUAUAAGAGGAAAAGGAAAUCUCUGAGGAGAAUUUGCCAUUUAUUCUGUGUUAUUUAUUAGAUAUGUGUUGUGAAGCUCUCUCAAGAAAUUUGCAGUUUUUACUGCAAACACUGUUUGCUGGAUAAAUAAUAUAUAGAUAAAUAAGAAUAAAAUCAUAUAUAUUUAUAUGAUUUUAUGAUUAGCUAUGACUAAGAGCAGAGACCUCAGCUUUCAGUGGAAGCAGUCAUUGCCAUACUGUUUGAGCAAAUUCCUAUUCUUAAAUCCAUCUUGUUCCUAUCCUUUAGUUUUUCUACAUCCAUGUGUUUCUUUCUAAAAGAAUACUAUGAGAGUGAAAAUUGUGACCCUGCUUACUAAGAAAGGACAGCUGUGGUAAUCAUGAAGGAAGAUGAAUGGUUCCUCCAUGAUACUGGCUGAUAUUCAUACCUCAUUACAAGCAUCGAAGUCUAACAUUGUGGCUAGUAAAAGAGAGCAUUAUUUGUUAGAGUAUGCCUACAGAGCAUUUUGCACACAAUCCUAUGGAAUUGUAUUUAUCAUAUUUUAGGAAUGGUGUCGUCCAAUCCAAGAAAAAGAAAAUUAAAUGAACAGAUAGAGAAUUAUUUCAAACUGAGUGAUGGUAAAAGUAGCACACAUGGUUUACAAGGAGCUCCCUUCUGUCCUCAUGCAGCAAAUAAAAAGAAGUAGCAUAUCAUCUUCAAACACUCCUCCUGCACAUCAUUGCAGACCUGCAGGAGGUCCACGCGGUUUACGCUUGUCACAAUGCACUUUUGAUCGGGGAUUUAUGAAGCGCUCUAUGUUCUCUACUCCCCACAGGGCUCAACCGUGUCCUUUUACCAAAAGCAGGGGGCCAAAUAUUUCAUUCCUACUCAGCACUGUAGAUAAAGUUAUGAACAUAUUUUUGUUUGAGACAUCAACAACCUCAAAUAGUGGCAUUAUGCUAUAACCUCACAGAAAAUGUGCUGAAUCUUUAAUUUGUCAGUUACCAGGUGUGAAUGGUCUGUUUCAAAGGGUUAAUCAAGUUUGUCAAAAAGUCAUGGCAUUAGGAUUUUUGUGGAGCUAUUUAUCAACCUCAUUAGGUCGAUAUUUAUUUAUUUAUUUCAUUAUUUAUUGAUUCAUUCUUUUUUUAAAUUGUAAUAAUUUUGUUGUCCAUGUGAUGACCAGCGUUUUGUAAUCCAGUUGGUAAUAUGGAGACCAAAGUUUCACCUCAAAUGAUCACUGGUCACUGGUGUUUUACUGUUGUUACUGUUUUGAAUUAUGUUUUAAAAAAAGGACUGUAUGUGUAUUUAAAGUGCCAAAUCUUAAUUGCAAACUGUACUGAUGAAUAAAAUCAAACAUGCCAAUAGGGUUUGUAGACAACUGUUGGACAGAAAGGCGCAGGGUCACAGUGGUCAGGAGACAAACUUAAAAAUGCAAUCCAAAAGAAAAAGACAUUUAUUAAUUUCUACACGACACGUUCCUGGUCAUCUACAUGACAGCCAUGUUUGAAGGAGAGAUAAGAACGGAAACCUUGUAGUCUGGUUGUCACAGCAAGGGUGGUUUAAUGCUGCUACAUGUACAUACUAACAGUAGCCUGUGUAAGCUACAGGUUCUUGUCAAAAUGAACCAUUUGUUUAAACUGAAAUCUUUACCAUGUUGUUAUUACUGAUAGGUGUAGCAUUGUUGUGUUUUCUAAGAUUAUUCCUGAGAUGGUAGAAAUAUCAGAGAGUGUUUCAUUUGGCCAACAUUUAGUUUUAUUGAGAUUACAAGACUGGUUGUCUUGCUGGAGAAAUAAUGGAAGCACAGGCCCACUGUCAACGUCAUCUUUUUGUUGGCGCUCAUAUCAAGUUGAUAUUUCCAGGGCCAAACGUUCCUGUGUUGGCCUUCAAACGCAGACAUAUUGUGCCAUUCAAGAUAGACCUAAAUAUAAACCAUCAACUUUUAAUAUGGAGAAAGUUUUUUGGCUUCAAGUUUGCAAUGGUGCUCAGAACACUUUAUCCAAACAGGAGUGGCUGACGCAAUAUCAGAAAAAAUAACAGAAAAAAAAAAACCUCAUCCUAACAGUAAAAUCAAUCAAUCUUUAUUUGUAUAGCGCAAAAUCACAACAAACAUUAUCUGAGGACAUUUUUGCCAACAUAGUAGGUCGAGACCAUACUCUAUGUUCAACUAUUAACAAAGACCCAACAUGAAGACAGUCCAAUUUUACAGACAGGACUCGGUCUGAUCUCAUCUUAAUCCACCAUGA